AGACUGUUGCAGGCCGUUUGCUGAAUCCAUCUGUAUUUUUCUCUUUAACACUUUCGAAGAAACUUAAAGCCCCAGCGAGGCUGUUGAAGAAGCUUCAUCCCAGGACUAGGGAAAUCCUCGUUAGGGCACCAUCAAAAGCAGGAACAGCCAGUCCGAACCAGGGAAGGGAGCAGCACCAGCAAUUCCCUUGGCACCGUUGUGUGUGUGCCUGCCUGAGCCAGCCUCUGUCUGUGGGUGGGCAACUAAUCUCCCGUUUGAAACAUGCCUGCAGCCAGACAUAGGCUGCAGAAUCGACGUGGCGUAUCAGACGUCAGAACAAAAUCUAUGGGUUCUGAAGUGAGGCUAAAAGGGUUCUGUGAUGAGGAUGAGCUGGAAAGAACCUCUCCUGUUCCAUCACGGCUUCGAAACAAUAUCCAAGUCCUGAAUUUCAACCCUGUUUUGAUGUUGAACAUUGCCUUCCCCAGAAUCCGGAUAGAAAUCUUGGGAGUUACUUACAACUCUAAGAUACAUAAACUGAUCCUUCUGGACAGCCUGGGCUGUGUGAGCUGGUCUUUGGAUCCCAAUGGUGGAGGUAAAAGGGAGCUGGAGUUUCCCAAACAUCAUUAUGGCAUUUUAAAGCAAAUUAUCUACUGCAGCAAGUUCAACACUUACUUUGCCCUUGGAAAGGACUGCUCUCUGAAAGUGUACAACAAGGAUUUUUGUGAAACGUUUACAGUUCUCAAUUUGGAUCUGAAGCUGGUGAAGUCGAUAGCUUUCAAUCCAAAGACCGACGAGCUCAUCACUGGAGGGGUCGGAGGAGUCAAGUUUUGGAAGUACAGAAUGAACCAUAGGAGCAGCAGUAAGGUGGUAGCCAUGCCCAGCUAUGAACUUUUCCUGAGGGCUGACUACCCUCAUAUGGGAGGAAAUUGGGUGACCAAGGUGGAGUUGGAUGAUGCCACUCAGCAGGUUUUCUGUUGCUCCGUCCAGGCCCUGUUCUGUUACGACACAGAGGGGAAGCUACUUCUGGAGAUCCCAUACCCCCACAAGUGUUCACCCACAGCCUGUAUCUACUCGUCCUACUCCAAAAUAAUACUGACCUGCUCCACAGACUGCGAAAUCAAGGCAUGGAGCAACAAGGGGAUCUUCACCCACAAGUUUACUGGACACACUCGGGCAGUUACAAACCUUCUCCUCCACCCUGAAACCAGUUCCAUCUUUAUCUCCAGCUCGAAGGAUGGUUCUGUUAGGUUCUGGUCGCUGGACACCUUCAGCCAACUCCUGAGUCUGUUUGUAUUCGAGGAGGGCAUUGAGUGGAUAGGACUCACAGAGACCAACUCCCUGUUCUGCUGCUCAGGAAAACACUGCCAAAUCUACACCCUCAACUACUUCACCCACUUCUGGAGCCACAUUGGCAACUCCAUCAGCCACAUGAGCCUAGCUUCUGCCAAAGGGAGAACAACCAGAGUUACCGUGUUGCAAAGAGACAGCAGUCUGCGGAUCAUGUCCCAGUGCCUGGGGACCAAGUUAUCUGUGGUCCUCCCUCUACCGACCGACACUCCAGUGCAGAGUGUGACCAGCUACACGUACAACAGGGCCCACAACCUGGUCUUCUUCCUGGUGGACCCCACAGAGAUCUGGAUCUACACUGUCAGGACAGACCCAGCCUGCAGGACUGCUGUGUGGAAUGUUCCGUACCUACUCGAAAGCACAAGCGGUAGCAAACAGUCAGCCAAGACACCCAUUCUCGAGGGUGUGUGUUUGUCUCCAUUUGAUGUGAGCCUAUGGAAGGUGCCGGUGUGUGAGUGUUGCUGCAUAGCUUGUCUGUCUUCCUCUAUCUACUACUCCACCCUGGAAGGGAUGGUUUGUGCCGACUGUGAUGAGUUUCUUCUACUGGGCCUGGAGGAUGGCCGGAUACUAUUCAUGGGCAUUGAGGUGGAAAGUGUAAAGUACCAUGAGAUGCAAGCACACAAGAGCCCGGUGAUCCUAAUAAAGCACGACACAAAUCACAGUCAACUACUGAGCAUGAGCCAGGAGGCUCCAGAAAAAUGUCUAAAGAUCUGGAGCCUGCCAAAGUUACAACUGCUCCACAGGGUGCUGAUCCCACAAGACACCAUCACGUUCUCAAGAAUAGCCAGUCAGCUAUGCCUGGGACUCGAGUCUGGAUUGAUUCUCUUUAAUGAUAUUGUGGCCGCAGAUCCCAUGUUGCUGCCGUUUUCUCUGAGUUUGUCGCAAGAUGUUAAAAGUGAGUCGGAGGUGAAGUGGAGAAUUGAGCAGACAGGCAGGGCAGUGAUUACUGAUGCUUGCCCCAAACAAAACAUCUUCCUGAGCUGCAGUGGUGACGAUGUGAUAAAAAUCUGGGAUGUGUACGGUGCUCUUCUGACUGAGUUUGUUCUGGAUCACACGCUCACCUUUGCAUGUUUCCUCAAUAACCAUGGCGACAUACUGAUUGGCUUCAAGGACCACCUCUUCCUGAUACCUCACAACAAACUGAUGAUUGACAUCAAGGAUGAUGGAUCUGAUAAUUCAGCGCAAGAAUCCAAUAUUUACGAGGAUCCAGCGAUUAAAUAUGAGCUCAAGGACUCUGUGCAGCGGCAGGUAGAAUCUCAGCUGGAUCUGGACUCCUAUUUGGUUCCUUUCAAGAAUUUGAAUUUCGAAGGAAGUGAGAUCUUCUCAAUUAGCUCAGGAAAGGAAUCGGACCUGGGAGAUACAGAAUCCCUGUUGAAUGAAUAUGUACCAGCUUCCACUGGAAUCUACAACUCUCCGGCUAGCUCUGUUAUGUCGUUGGAGAUCUAUCGCCUCACACCAGGACCCAACCUGGACAAUGAAGAAGGCGAUAGGUCGAUGAUGCAACUAAGUUAUGAGGACACAAAUUUGCCCCUGCUUCUUAGCUCUGAACUACAGAUGCCGCAAGUUGGUAGCUCAGUUGUUGACACCCUCUUUCCAGAGCGAUUGAGAGAACAGGCAUUAGUGGAGAGUGAGCAUUUGGUACAGCUGGCUGUGGAGGAGAUCCAGGGUGACGAGAGUGUAACAACAUCCGUUGAAAAUUUAAGAAAGCAGUUGCAUACCAGCCGAGCAGUAGUCACUGUGCACCGUUGGCAACAUCCGGUUAACGUGAAUUUGGCAGUGGCAGACAGUGUAGAGCUAGUGAGAAGAGCAGGUUUGAAACUUGAUCGUUUUGCAAUGCGACAGAAGAGAAAGGUCGUGAGAAUGCAGGGAAUAAUUGAGCAGCCGAUCAUCCUGGAUAUUUAUGAGAACAAGGAUAUUCUCCAUAGGAGGCGGAGAAGGAAACAGAGAAAAGGCUCGAAUGGGAAGAAAUCUAGGAAAACAUUGCCAGAGUCAGGAACGGAGAGGACAACAGAUAUCACAAAUAUCGGACUGGGUCAACAAGGAAUUACAGAGGCGAGAGGCACAAAAGAUAGCGAGGCUGAAACGUGAGUCAGUGAAUGAAAAGCGACGACAGGUACAGGAAAUACAGCAUAUUGUGCGUCAGCGCCGUCUGCCAAGACAUGAGAACUGCAAACACUCACAAGCUGUGCUCCAAGUGAUCGAAGCUCGGGCACAUCAGAUGUCGCAGCCAGUUGUCCAAAGUUUCCCCCAGCCGCUCUCGUGCCAUCUGCGAGGGAAGACUCUCUACCCGAAGCCGCUGAUGUUCCCACCACCUCUCCAGCC